AUUAAAUCUGUAUCUUCGAACGCUUCCAUUUCCUCAACUGCAGUCAGAGUUCCCGUCGCAAAGAGGAAGCGGUGCACUUCUCAUGAUUUGAAAAACAGGAUGCUGCUUCUCUAAUAUGAAUCUGAUUAUAUUAUAUAUUCUAUAUAGAUAUUAGUAUUUUAGUACAUGUGAAUUCUGCUAACACCCAGUGCUGUUUGGUUAACCCUAAAGGAGCACACAUUUGUGUUUAUUCUCUGUGUUGAAGGCCUUCUGCUGUUAAUUUUAGCCCACUGGGGUGUCCCCCGCUGGGGUGUCCCCAGAGGAUGAUUUUUGGGUGUGGCGGGAGCUGCUCGGGCGGGUCACUCUUUAUCUCGCAGCUAUUCCCUGCUGAUAAAAACCCAACCGUUGUUUCACGAGCUGCCGGCUCCUCCCCCGCUGGAGCUCUGGACUUUUCGGUUGCACCCAAAGGGGUUUCAAUUUAAUAUUUUGGAUCUCAAUCUCGGCAAAAGUCGUGGAAAAAAAAAUCCAAAAGAAUAAUCUAGUAUUAACAACAACAACAAACCCGUCUAAUACAUUAAUGAAAUUGAAAUAUAACUAAACUCCAUAAAACUGAGGGGAGAGGUUUCAUUAAACUUUUUAUUUGUGUUAAUGAAGUUUAUUUAAACAUCUCUGAAGCUUUUACUUGAAUGAGUUUUCACUCCCCUGAUUGUGUCUCUGCUUCCUCAGCAGCAGAAGUGUCCUCUUUUCAGUGCUUUGAGUCUUUCUUACUGCUCAAACCUUUUCUCUUUUUUGUGUUUUUUCUGCCAAUAAAGUCGUUUGUAUGAAGCCGUCUGAUGUAUUGAUUACGUUUGACUUCCGGAGAGAGAGAGUCGUGGUGUCGCUCAUCGUUGGACAUUUUCAUUUUGCUGCAGAGAAAAUGAAAGGACCAUCAUUUUGUUCUCCAGCAGUUGAGUGUUUCAGAGGAGAGAUCCUGGCUUUGGAUCGACAUUCAAACACUUUUCUUCACCGAGCUUUAAACAAAUCCGCAUGAAUAAUAUAUUUGAUAUAAAAUGGUGCAGUCAGUCUCUCCUCCACGCAUUGCCUCUGUUUAGUGUAACUUGUAAAAGUACAUCAUUCAUGUUGGAGUGUAUAUAGUCAGAAACGUGAGUCUUUGGACCGUGAAAGUGCUGGACUGAACCUUUCCAUCGGCAGAAGACCGCGUCCUCAUCCGUCACAUUGAUUGGUCUUUGGUUUCAUUAUCUGCCGUCUUUUCCAGCAAAGCAGGAGGAGCUGAGCAGGAACAGUGACUGCUUUUAGUGGAUCACAGGUACUGAAUUGGACCUUUCUCUGUUCUAUAAAGAACAAGGAUGAACGUUCUGAAAACUGUCGACAAAACUUUGUUUUGGAACCAUUUUCUUUUUUGUUUUUUCUUCACCGGUCGAUACGAGCGUCACUUUAUUGACUUUUUUUUUACUGCGUAAUCUUUUUGCAAGAUGUCUCGUGGUGGAACUGAUCAUGUGUUUCAUUCUCACAGAUGGAGGACCAGAGUUCUUCCAAAGCUUUGCCCCUUUUCUCAAAGUUACAACAAGAAGUUUGGUACUGUACUUCCUGCCAACUACACCUGUUAUCGCUGUGGAAACACCGGACACCACAUCAGGAACUGCCCCGUCAGCGGGGAUAAAAACUUUGAUGCCCCCGCGAGGAUCAAGAAAAGCACCGGCAUCCCCCGUUCCUUCAUGGUGGAGGUGGACGAUCCCAACACGAAGGGCGCCAUGCUGACCAACUGUGGACGCUACGCCGUUCCUUCCAUAGACAUCGCGGCGUACGCCAUCGGCAAGAAGGAGAGGCCUCCCUUCGGUCCCCAGGAGGACCCCAAGUCAGAAGAGGAGGAGGAGCCGGCGCCCGAGGAACUCCUCUGUGUCAUCUGUCGCGACCUGAUGAGUGACGCUGUGGUCAUACCGUGCUGUGGAAACAGCUACUGUGAUGACUGUAUCCGCAGUGCUUUGCUGGACUCGGAGGACCACGUCUGCCCCACUUGUGGCCAAUCAAAUGUCUCUCCUGAUACGCUGAUAGCCAAUAAGUUUCUCCGACAGGCUGUGGAAACCUUUAAGAAAGAGCGAUGCUACGAUAAAACUCUCCCAAGAGGGAGCUUCACCUCCCAAUCCCAAGAUCCAACCCCGUCAGCGAGCCCUGUCCCUACCCCGCCCCCCCUCGGUGUGCCCAGCCAACCGCAGAAGCCUCACGUGUCGACCCAGCAGGACCCCCUCCGCUCACAGGCCGCAGACACGUCGCCACCGCCUCAGGUGUGCGUGGCUCCGCCCGCAGCCACAAGCCCCGCCUCUUCCCCCGGCACACCGAGCGCCGCCCCCCCGCCUGAGCAAAUCCCGCCGGAGGAACCCGACAGAGAGGCCCAAGAGAAGACCAACGACGAGUCUGCUGCUGCUGCUGCUCCUUCUGCACCAGGUUCCCCAGAGGUCCCCCCCGAUGCCCCUACACAGCUGAUGCCCCUGGUGAUCCCGGCUCCGCCGGUGGAGCCGCCGCUGCAGGCGGCCGCCGUGGACCUGGAGCAGCCCCCCUCAGGUCCCGCCCCCAAGUGCACGGCGCCCUCGACAUGCUGGGAAAGCUCCUCCUCCUCCCCCCUCUGUCCCGCUGGAGGCUGGAGUGAGUCCAGCAACCAGCAGCUUCGUCCCUCUUCCUCCCCCUAUCCGGCGACUCCUCCUCCUCCUCUCUUCCCCCCGCCUCAUUUCCACACCUUCCUGGCCGCCCAGCAGCCUCUCAGCGGUUACCCCCCCGGAUACCCCCCCCCUACGCCCAUGUGGACACUGCCAAACCUCCAGGGGGCCCCUAUCCCUUCCCUGUGCCCCUCUACUGCCAUCCCGGCCCUCAUCCCCAAGGAGUGGUACCGGAAGGAAAGGUCCCCUGACGGAGGAUCCUCCAGCAGGCGCUCCUCCUCUCGAUCGGAUCCAAAGUCCUCAAAGAUCAAGCCUUCUCACUCCUACUCUCGCUCCUCCAGCAGGUCCCGCUCCCGCUCCCACGGCAGGUCCAGGCCCCCGUCGCCUUACUCGCGUCACAAAGACCUGCACAGCCGCUCUCACCCCUCCCGCUCCUACAGCUUCGGAUACAAACGCUCCCCCACGCCGUCCUCGUCGUCCUCGCCGCGGGGCGGCUACCACUCCAGGCCCAAGUCGCCGGCGGAUCCCCGCCACAGUCGGCGCCACGGUAAGAAGUCCGCUUCGGGGGGCGGCUCCGCCUCCAGGAGGCGAGGGGAGCACGGCGAGAGGGAGGCGGGAGCCUCGGGGGGCAGUUUACCCGGACACCUGUACGCUCGCCACGCCAAUCCGGCCUGUGGCGGCCUGGACAGAAAGAGCUUCCUGCAGUGGAGCCGUGAGUACAAAGAGUGGUGCGAUAAAUACUUCAGUAGCUACGUGGGCCACUUCCACCAGCUGCCUCUUCCCCUCCUCAACAUUCCCCCUCCCCCCCAGUGGGAGGGCUGGGAAGGAGGCUCGGGCCCUCGCAGCCGACGCCACGGCAGACGCGCCGCCCGGACGGGGGGCCGCUCGCCGCCGUCGCGCUCCUCCAGCGGCAGCCGCUCCCCCCCGUCUCGGUCUUCGAGGGACAGCCGCUCCACGCUGUCUCGGUCGUCCAGCGACAGCCGCUCGUCUCCGUCUCGUUCGUCCAACGGGAGCCUGUCCUCGGCGUCUCGGUCGUCCAGCGACCGGCGCUCCACGCCGCCCAAGGGCGGUGUUCAGCCGAGGGCGCGUGCAGCGAGGGGCCCCGGGGGCCACAAGAGCCGCGAGGACGAGAAGCGGGAAAACGCGAGGAAUUCGGAGACGCUCGCCACCUUAAAGCACGAGCAAAAGAAGAAGCACGAGGAAGGAGGAGAGGAGUCCUCGUCCCUCGAUGCCGCUGACUCAGCAGAUGACUGCAGGGAGGACAAGAGGAGGCGCCGCGCCGGACCCAAAGCCUCCAGGGACGAAGCGACUGCCGGCGAGGCCUUAGAACCCGUCCGGCCAGAGCGACGUUUGGACAAAGAGGACGAAAGAAGACGCAGAGAACACAGGGAUGUGGAAACGGAGAAAGGACGGAGACGAGGCAGACACUCUGACUCCAGGCAGGAUGUGGGCAGGAGGCACAAAGAGGCGCCCGGGGGCGAGCGGGACACGCGGCGUGCUGACAGACGCCCUGCAGGCAGCGCAGGUCCUGACCCGAGAUCACACAGGAGCAGGAAAAGAAAAGGAGAGGACAUCAAGAGAAGUUCUCGCAGGGCGGACAACAGCAAAUGCCUGAAAACUAACGCCGCAGAGGACCCCGAAAGCCGCAGGAGUGAAUCCCCGAAUCCAUUUGACAAGAAGACGCCGAAAGCAGAGCAGAGCAAAGCGAGGAAAGCUUGGCCUCUGACGGAGCGAGACGUCUGGGAGGGAGGGAUUAGUGUGAAACCACAGAAGAAGAUAAGCAUCAACAUUAACCUCGAAGGAAAGAGGGAAGAGAAAACUGAAAAGCAGCAAUUCUGUUAUUUCGAGAACACGAGGGAAGAAAUGAAGACGGCAGGAGAGAAGGAGAACUCAAACAGAGACACUGAAGCAAAUGAAAACAAGUCCAGCAGAGAAGUGGAAGGUCUGUCUGAAGAAAACGUCCAACCAAACGAGGGAGAAGCAAGACAGAAAUGGGAGAAAGCUACUUUCAGGGAUGAUAAGGGGGAGAAAACGUCUCCUGCCCUCACAGUGGAGGAGACAACAGAACAGAGUCCACAGCUGUGGGACGAAAGAGGCGGGACGGAGGCCAGCAAAGGAGGAGAGGUGAGGGACGAGAGGAGGGGAGCAGAGGCAGGACAGGACGUCCCGAUGGAGGGAGGAGAGUGGAGGACGUGGGAGGACGAGGAGGACGAGUCCCACAGGAGCAUCAGCCAGAUCCACCAAGAUGCAGCGAAGCCCCCGGGGGAGGACAGCAGCGGCCACGAGGAUCCCCAGGAAGAGGAGGAAGAAGAGGAGGAGGAGGAGGUGAAAGCUCUGGAGGAAUGCGGCGAGGACAGAGCUGCAGACCAGGAGGACCAGCUCCUAAAGGUGAAGGUCGCUCGCUCCAAAUGGGACAAGGAGGAGCCGGAGGAAGACGAGCGGGUCGAAGGAGCGGCCCGAGCUCAAACGGAGGCUCCGUCAUCGGUUCUCCCGUCGUCCUCCGUUCGCGUGACAUCACAGACGACCGCCAACAGGGAGCGAGGAGACGGAGAAAAGAGGGCGAGGUCGGGGGAGGCGGAGAGAGGAAGGGAGAUCCAGAAAAACCCUGUUGGGUCCAGUUCACACCGGAGUGGGGCUCCCUCCGGUGGCAGAGACCGAAAGGACAGCACGGUGCAUUCAGACAGAGACCGGGACAGACGGAGGGACAGGGACAGAGGGAGGGAGGGCGAGAGACCCGGGGGAGGGCAGAGAGAGAGCAGACGAUCAACGGAGCGGGCGAGGGACGAAGAGAGGGGGAGGGGCCGGGAGAGAGAGAGGAAGCACGCCAGCGUGGCCUCGGCCAAAAAGAGGAAUCCCCCUCCCUCCUCCCGUUCGAGGUCACGUGACACCGAGAGGGGAGGCCGGCAGCGGGGGGGCGACCCGGCCGACACAAAGAGCUCGCCUCGCCCCGGCAGGAAGCUCCCCGCCGGCCGGAGCCGGGAGAGCGGCGCCCCGAGCCGAGCUCCCGAGCUGCCCGACCCGAAUCCCCACAGAUCAUGUAGAGACGCACCUAAAGACAAAGACCACCCCCACUCCUACCACAACGCCGCCUGGCGGGAGGGCCGGGCGCCGGACGGGCGGUCCAGGUGGGAGGCGGCCAGGGAGCUGGAAGACGGCGAGCGGCCCAGCAGCCACAGCUCGGCGGCGAGCCAGGAGAAGGGCGAGAAGAAGGAGAAGAGGCCGGAGGAGGACGAGCGGCGCGACAAGCAGAGCAGGCCAAAGAGGGGCGGAGACGGGAGGGAGGGGAGGGGCGGGGGGCAGGUGGACGCCUCCCCCUGACCACCGCAGCACGAAUAAAGUCUCUACCGGAACGAUGCUUCUCCUCUGUGUCCCAAAACGUGCCUCAAUUCAUUCUUUCAGCUUAGUUUUGUUUUCCCAGCGUGCUUUUUGUAUCUGAUGUCUGACGUGUGUCAUCCAAUGAGAGCGACUUGUAAAGGAAUAGCACUUUAUACUAAACAUAAUGAAAGCAAAUGUGAAACCUUGAGGCCCCCCCCCCCCCAGGGGCUAUUUAUGAUUUGAAACUGUCAUAUUUUGUUUUUAUUUUGAAUUUUGUAAAUGUUUAUUUAAAAAAACGACUGGAUGGAAAAAGAAUUCCCAAAGAGGAAAGUUGUUUUUUUUCCUGUUUUGGAGGAAAUUAAAAAAGAAGGAACAUUGA